AUGGUCGCAAGCCAAACCACAGGGAACCUGCCACACUUGAGUCUCAAGACGAUGGUUGAUAGACGCGUUUUAGAUACACCUCCCAGUGCCUUUGUCUGUGUGUGGAAAGCUUGUGUCAGAAUCGGACGAGGACAGGAUGCAGCCAGUAAUAGAGCAGCGCAAGCCUCCUCGACAGCAACGCCUUUUGUGGAAGGGCCUGAGGAGGAGGAGGAGGAGGAGGAGAAGGAGAAGGAGAAGGACCAUGAAGAGAUGGUGCUGAAUGAGGAUCUUAUGGGAGAAGAGGCAUGGACAAGAGCCCUUGAGGUGGUCAACGCUGCUGAUCCCUAUAAAAAUGGCAACCUUUUCAUUAUGGAGCCGUCGUCAGAGGAUGAUCAAGAGAACAGCCACAAUAUUCACGAUGGCUACGAAGCCAUUGGCGAUGAUGGUAUUGAGAUUUGUAUGGCCGUGGAUGGCCUCAGGAAGCAUAGAUGUGAAGAAUAG